GAAAUGUUAGAAAUGAAAAAUCAUAAUAUACAAAAAAUAACAUGUAGUUUGUCAUUAUAUGUGCUCCUUUACAGUGAAAAAUUACUAUUUAAAGUUUCAAAUACUAAGUACUAUUCAAAUACAUUGUAGAAAGUUUUUUACUAAUACAUCAUUUUCUCUUUUUUAUCAGUAAUAUAUGGCUAUUAUGAUUGCUAUAAAUUCUUAUUAAGCGAAAAGACUUAUAUUUUCUAUACAUUAUACAGUAUAUUAGUUACGUUAAUUCCCAAUUGUACUAUCAAUGUGAACACAGCAAUUAUGUUCUUAAUCCUGUAAAAAAUAUGAUUUUAUUUUGUUAUACAUUUUGAACGAUAUAAACAUAACCUUCUUCAGGCGUUAAAGUCUCAAAAUUAAUUGGUAACUUUGAGAUUUUGUAAUGUAAUGGAUGUUUCUACAAACCAUCAGAGAUACAAACAUUACACAUGCCUGUGUUUUUCAGUAAUGGGACAAAGAAGAUUUAGAGUUUCGAUGGGUGUCCUUAUUGCUUCUCCGGAAGCAGGAGAUGCAUCAGUUAACAUUAUACCGCAAAUGAAGAAACAUUCUACUAUUUCUGGAGAACCUGCUACCAGUUUCAUUUCCACAAUACCAGAAAGAAAUGCUACUAAUCAAACUGCUCUAAUGGGUGUAUCGAAUUAUAAUUCCACUAAUAGUAUGAAUAAAGAUGCAUACAGACACACAGUUUUAAUGGAAAAUAAUGUUUUUGAUAAGAUGUGCAAUUCUACAAUUAAUGAUAGCUGCCAGUUUCCCUAUUAUAGGAGCAAUAGAAGCGAUAGCAAAUGCCCUGAUGCAGUUUUGGUAAAAGAUGUAGGUGUAUCGUGUAUGCUUUUAAACCAAAAUACAUUUGAAAUACAAUUUCCUCAAACAAAAACUCUGAUUAAGCAUCUUAAGAAAGAAUACAAUGAUUUAACUGAUAUUGCAAAUAGAAUAACUACAUAUACAAAAGAUAUAUUAAAUCAUUUACCAAAGAAAAAUCAAAGAAAGCAUCAGCUUCUUAAAAAUUUGGCAGAUUCAAAACAUGCAAUAGCAUCUCAGUAUGUAGAUAGUAAAGGUAAUCUCUGUUUAAAAUUGAGACUUUUUAGUAAUGCCGAAACCCAGUGUAUGACUGAGCAAGUUGUUAAGGAUUUUGACGAUACAUUAUGCAAAAGCAAAUAUAUUACGAAGGAAUUGCACAGUAAAAAUUGUAAUUAUUACAAUCAUUUUGUAACAACUUUAAACAAAAAUAAAAGUUUUAUGCAUAUGUAUGUAGCAAAAAUACAAAUCUUGGAUAAAGGUCAUCUAACACUUGAAGAGAGAAAUAUGAAAUCAAAAUACGAACUAGACACGUCUAUUCAGCGAAGGAAUGCGGAAACAAAUACUCCAAAUUCAACAUCAUCUAGUAUUUCUUCAAUUUAUAAUCAUUUAAUGAUGAGAAAGAAAAAAACAUCAAAUGAAUCGUCAACUCCCAAAUUAAAAAAACGUGAUGACAUACAUAAAUAUGGCAUGAUCGAAAAAUUUAGUGAUGAUAAACACUAUACAAAUCAGUUAAAAUCAAAAAACCAUAGUCCAGUAAUAUUUACUAAUUGGAAAGAAAUUUCAAAAUCGAAACAAUCCAAAAAUAAAACAUUGUCUAUUUUUUCUUAUGAAUCACAAAUGGCUAACGCGAAAAACAAAAUUAAACAGGGAGAAUUUAUUAACUAUAACACAGUUAACAAUAUAUCGAAUACAAAGUUUCAUACAGUUAAUAUCCGAAUUGUAAAAAAAAGUAAAAAAAAUGUAUAACUUUUCUAUUUUUCAUAUCUCGAUAUAUUCCUAUGUAAUAAAUAUUUUUAUACUA